AUGGAGCGCCUUCGGCGUCCGGAGUCCUUCGAGGAUUUGUGUUCCGAGGGCCUCUUCCGUGCCACGUCGGUGGGGCAGAUCCUUGCCAACUGGGGAGCCAUUUUCGUGCCAGACCUUCCAGGCCUCCUGGUGACAGGCGGCUUCCGCGCCGGCAAGAUUCCGACGAAGCAGGAGGUGUUGGAGGCAGGUGCCAACAUUUUCAACCGCACCUCCUCCGUUGAACACGUGGAUGUUUUCGUGAGCCAUCGAUGCGGCUCAGACAGCUGGGCCAAAUACUUGGCGAUGUGCCUCUUCUGGAACCUGCCGGUGGCCGUGGUCUGCUCAGUGGCAGCCUGGUCACUGGCUGCUCUGGUUCUUGUCGCCGCGAGCCACGGGGACCUUCCCAGACUCAGCCACAGUCCGGCGUUGCUUCCGGUCCUCGUCUUCUUCCCCAUGGCCACGUUUCUUCUGGCCCUGUUCUUGGGCCACCAUGCUGUGCACCCAUGCGGGCAGCCCCGCCUUUGGCUGGAUCGUGCGUGCAUACACCAGACCGACCAGGAGUUAAAGCUUCGACAGAUUCACGCACUACCUGUGUUCGUCGCCCGGUCAACCUCCAUGCUCGUGCUCUGGGACGAUGAGUACUUUCAACGUCUUUGGUGCCAGUUGGAGCUGGCCACCUUUGCCAAGCACGGCGGGGUGAGGAAGGUGGCCUUCCUGCCGCUGUGGCUUGCGCCAUGGCUGCUCUCGGCAUUGGCCAUGAACCUCACACUGGUCACAGUGAUCUACCUUCAGAUGGAGGUCCUCACUACGGAAAAGCUUGUUUCCCUCCUGAACGCGGUUGCACCGACCCACUUCUGGCAGACGCCACUUGGCGUGUCCUCAGGUGCGGCGCUGGGCGCAGCAGUUCUGGGGCUCGUGGUGGCCUUGGCCUGGUCCUCCUCCUGCAAGAUCAAGUUGAGGAGCCAUGCCCUGAUGCUGGAGCAGAUGGCCUCUUUCGACUGCCGGGGUGCUCAGUGCACGCAGGAGGAAGACCGCCGCCUGGUGCAGCGUCAGAUUCGGGAGCUUUUUCGUGCUGAAGCGACGGAGGUGAUGGGCCCUGAGGGUCCUGAGGGGGAGCUGAAAGCAGGUCACCAGCUGACUGCAUCCACUGUGGCAGACGAGGAUGCAUUCUCCUACUUGCCAGGCGAGCCCAUUUGCAUGAUGAUGGACGAAAGACCCCUGGAUGCUUUCAACGUGUACGUUCAGGAGUCCUUGCGUUCGUGCGUUUUUGAUGCUGUCGGGGGUGAGCUUCACGUGCCCUAUGGCACAUGCCUUGCAGCUGCCAUGCCCUUGAACUUUUAUUCCUUGGUGGACAUACUCAAUUGCGCCAAUCCAGAGUGCAUUGCAUCGUACGGAGCCGAAUCGUAUGCAGACUUUCUGUGGGCCAGCGCGAUCGGCUGGCUGACAAACGUACUGCUGGUCUUCCCAAUCGUCUACCCCAUCUAUCUCCGCAUGCUCAAAGGCACAUUGUCCAUCCAGUCCACAUGCUUGAAGGGUGUUCUGACUGUCGUCAGCGGUGCAACGGCACAUGCAUAUCUUGCUGUCUGUGCCAGCGGCACCUUUAUUCUCCUCUACCAAGCUCGCUCCGCCUUCCUCCUCGUUGUGCUGGCGCUUCUCCUGCAGCUGCAGUACCUCUUUGGUGGUGGUGGCAUUUCAGGCUAA